CUAGUCCUCGCGGAAGGAAAUCUUUGUAACACCCGCCAAACAUUAUUUUAUUGUUGCUAGGUUUGCUAGCUUCUGAUGGCUACUAAUAUCAGCAUACGGAAGCGAGAUGAAAACGGGCCGGAAAUGGAAGUCCAGCUCUCCAGAGCCUACACAUGCAAAAGUUGCCAGGAGGGAGCCAAGAGCUCAUGCUGAAAGCAGACUGACCUUCAGUCCAGAGAAGAGGAUUUUCAUUCCCAGCAAGAGAAAAGUCCCAAAUACAUCUUCUCCCAGAAGGAAUUCAUCUAGGUUUAAGUGUCAUGGUCAAGAAACAGGUAAAGCUGAGAGUGGGUUUGAAAUGGUACAAACUUCCAGCAGUCUGGAGUCAUCCCCACUUCAGUCAGAGGUGGACGCAGAGCUGGGACUGGUCAUCAGACUGGAUGAAGAGGAAACCAGUGAACCAGAACAGCUGAGAAAGAGUGGAGGAAACCCGCUAAAAGAAUUGCCAUCAAAUGAUUACAGAGCAAUGGCAGAUAAUGAGAGAGAUGCUGAAGGAUCCGAUCUCGAUGAGGACAGUGAGGAAGAGUUCAGAAAACUGGACAGGGAUUUAGCCGUCAAGUCUAAGCAGCACAACCUAACUUCAGUCCACGUGCGCAGCAUCAUUCAUGAAGUGAUCACCAAUGAGCAUGUAGUAGCCAUGAUGAAAGCUGCUAUCAGAGAGACCCAGGACAUGCCCAUGUUUGAGCCCAAAAUGACCCGUUCAAAGCUCAAAGAAGUUGUUGAGAAAGGGGUGGGAAUGCCAAAUUGGAAUAUCUCACCUAUCAAGCAGUCAAAAGAAUUAAAGCCUCCUCAGUUUGUGGACAUCCUUCUUGAGGAUGAGGAGGACUCUUCAGAUGAAGAAUAUUAUCCUGAUGAGGACGAAGAGGACGAGACUGCAGAAGAGACUAUCCUCGAGAGCGACAUGGAUAGCAUAGCAUCAUCACCACGUAUCAGUAGACGAGCUCGCUCUUGUACACCCCUAGAGGUCUCCGAGGUCGAUGAAGAAAGAAGCAACAGUCCACAAAUGAAGCAGAGGCACUUGAGAGUAGAAGCAGUGCCUAUGGGCCCUCCUGCUCCGCCAUCCCAGUCUGGUGUCCCUUCUCGGCCAUUAAAGGCUCUUGAUUCAUUUAUGGAGAAACUGCAUGCUGUCGAUGAAGAGCUGGAUUUUAACCCCCUCAGCAUUGAGCCUUACCCGACUCUGAGUAGUGGUGAGAAUGCUGAGGAAAGCCUGGUGGCAGGCCGGACACGAUCCAAGCGUCCCUUGAAGGAUGUCCCAUUGGACCAGCUAGAAGCAGAGCUUAAGGCUCCUGACAUAACACCAGACAUGUAUGAUUGCGUCUCAGCACUGGAGGACAAAGAGUGGAGCCAUUGGCUUCAGGGACUCAUGACCUCACACUUGUACAAUGAAGAAGAUGGUGAUGAUGAUGAUGAUGAUGAUGAUCCUGAAUAUAAUUUUCUUGAAGAUCUUGAUGAGCCUGAUUUAGAGGACUACCGCAACGACCGUGCAGUUCGCAUUACUAAGAAGGAAGUUAAUGAGCUCAUGGAGGAGUUAUUUGAGACGUUUCAGGACGAGGUGAGAGUAAAUGAGGAUGAAGAUGCCCAUGAGGAAGAUGGGGAGCUGGAAAAAGUGUCCUCACAAAGCCCUGCCAAAUUCAAUGUUCCUCAAGCAAUUCGAUUUGAGGAGCCUCUGGCCCACAUGUUGACCGAGUGCAGGCGUACAGUCCGUGAGCAGCUGGACGCUCUCCAGCUGCGUCGAGAACAACAGAGCCAUCCACAGUGCAAUGCACUAGGGACUGCCAUGAUCCUCCUCUCUCCACCCUGUACCUUGAUGGUGACACCUACUCAGAAACAGCAGCUACAACAGCAGGUCCAGCAGCAUGUCCAGUUGUUGACGCAGGUGAACAUGCUGUGUAGCUCUGUGGAGGCAUUACAGAGCCAGGCCACUACCACCAAACUCUUCUUGAUGGAGUUGCAGUCAUUUGCAGAACGGGCAGAGCAGAUGAGGGCAGUGGUUGAUCCUGGGUUUAAAAGUGCGUUUCGGGUGUGUAACUUGCAUCCCUCUAUGGACUUGCUGGAAGAGCUGGAAAAAACAGCCUCCCAAACCACUCCUCAGCCCAGAAGUACAAAAUCGCAUGCUGUGCAUCGCUACCCAUUUCUUCCACCUCACCUGGCCUGGCUGUUUGCCACUAGGUCAGCUUUCUUGUACCCUGAGUUACUGCCCCAUUGCAGCCUGGACCCUGCCCUGCAACCUCCACGCAGCAAAACUAUUUAUACAAAAGGAGAGGAUGGUCUGAUUGUUCUGGGGCUGAAGCACUUCAGUGAGACCGAAUUCCCCUACCAUUUAAUGAGUCAGUAUCUUCUUCAGCCUAAAAGGGUGGAGCAGCUACGUGUCCGUGUGAAAGACAUGUGCACAAGUCGGACUACAGACAACAUCAUCAAGUUUUACUGUCAGCACCACACAGUUCCUCCACUACCUGUUGCAUGCUGUCCAGUUGUUGCAGGCAGUGAGCGUCCACCUGUAGAGAGAGACAAGAUCAUCAUGCCAAACUGGCUUUUGAAAAGUUUGCCAUGCAUACAUAAAGCAGUGUUUCAGAGACAAUCAGAAGAGAGGACAUCAUCUAAUAUAAGGACAAAUUCACCUCCUCUUUCAACCUUUCCUGAGGGAACACAGUACCCAUGGUCCCUCCCAAAAGGUUUAAAUCUGCAACUGCAUCCUUCAGCCAAACGUAAAACUUCUGUACGACCACACAAGCCCCGUCCGCUGCACGGUUUUGCACGUCCUGCUUCCACACCAUUAGCAAAGGCUCCUUUGUGCCCUGUUGGUACAGUUAAUUUAUUGUCCCGAGUCCCAGCACCCCUCCCCUCUCAAGGUGUAAUCCUGUUAACUCAAAGCCCCUUAAUUCCAGUAAAUGAGGCUCUUCCAGUUAACCAAGAAACCACAACCCCUGCUCAUGGAACAGUGCCAUUAAACUCUGUUGCUGCUGUUAACGUCCAGUAUAUCGUUCCACAGCAGGGCUGUGUUAACCCCACAGAGCCUCCUGCUAGUUUGCCCCCAGCUACAGUUCACAUACCUCCAACUCUAGCCUGUAAUAGGCCUAUCCCUGCUAAUGGGGUAGGUAAGAGCAUAAACAUUUUGCAGACAAAAGCAGAGGUGCCUAGAAAACAAAUCAUGCCUAGACAACUGCUUCCCAUUCAGCCUUCCCCUUUUAGCCCAAAUCAGCUGCACCAUCAUACCCCUGUUAGUGUGACUCCCAGCAGCACAGCACCAUCUGCUAACUUUAUGGAUUACAGCUCACAUACAGCUCCAUCCAUGGUCAUCAUCCAGCCUUCCUCCUUAUUGGAUACUCCUUAUGUUCAUCCACCAGCAGACUCACAAGGAUUGGUCAAGUCCUCAAACACUCCACCCCCUCAGGAUUCAUUUACCCAACAGGUCAGUGGUCGCCCUUUAUCAGGAACACUGUCCAGGCCACUGCAUAGCCACAUUGUCAAGAUAUCAAGCCCAGACACUAAUAAGGAGCCAGUAGACAGUGAGUUUGAAUUGAAGUCUAGUCCUGUGUUUUUCUCACACACCCCUUCACCUCCACUUCACAUGACUGAAAGCCCCAAAUCAAGCCCUAGAGUGCAAAGUGUGGGUGAUCAGGAACAGUCCUUGCCCACAGUGAAGGGUAAAUUUGCAUGUGAUGCACUAGUGUCAAAUUAUCAAAGCAAACCUUUGCCAGAUGCUAUAGUUAAUAGCACAAUCACUGCAAAUCACGACUGUAGUUCAUUACUGCUCAGUAGUAGAUCUAUUAGAGAUAAGUCACGCACCACCAGCCCUCAAGGACUUUCUGCUCACAACGAUGCAUCUAAUUCUCAUUAUAUGCUACUUCAAGCAGCUUCACAGGCAGGCACACCACAAUCCUUUCUACUGCCCAUAACCAGUCUGAUCCGAAAUCAGCCUCAGUUGCAUUUGGCUAAGAUUGAAAGCAAAGUGCCUCAGCAAAAAAUUGCACACAAGACUUUUUCUACAUCAAGCAUGCCAGAUCAUUUAUCCCUCCUUACUGUUGGAAUGCCUUUGGAAGGUGCUACAGGCCAAGCCCCACAUCUGCCAAGGACAGAAAUGGGUGAUGGGAAAUUGUGGAAAGAGGAUAUGGAGGCAGGAGCAGAGGUAGGUGGCGAAGAUAUGGCAAAUGCUCUGUUUGCAAGCCCACUUCUUAAGCUGUCUGAGUCCUCCUGCAGAUCACACUCCAGUUUGAGAAAUAUCAGCCAUAUGGACAGCAGUACAGUGACUUUAAAGAAUGUGAUGGAGAGCAACCCUAUCAUUGGAGAACAGCACAGCAGCCACUUCAGUCAAGAAAGAGGUGAUUUCAAAACUAAGGCUCCUGCUGACACAAACAGGAGUAAAGGACAAAUGAGCAGUACAGGUGAAGUACCAGGACUCCUCACUUUUACCUCUGGCACUGAAAACCAGAAAACUCCUGGGGGAGAUGGGGGAUUGAACAAGAAAUACGGAGGAGGGGAGGGAGAAGGACAUCCGAACGAAGAAAGUGGAGGUGAAGAGAGGGAUGCAAAUGAUGACGGAGAGAGGGGAGGAAAUGGGGAUGGUGGAAGAGAGAGGCAGGGGAAUGGAGGACGGGAUGGACAUGAUGAUGAUAAGGAUGGAGAGCGUGAAGAGGAAGAGGAGGACUUUGAUGAGCUCACACAGGAUGAGGAUGAGGAGGAAGUGAUGUCAUCAGCAUCUGAGGAAUCUGUUCUCUCAGUGCCUGAAUUGCAGGAGACAAUGGAGAAACUGACUUGGCUGGCAUCUGAGCGGAGGUUAUGUGGGGAAGGGGAUUCGGAGGAGGACAACUCUCCAAACUCGCCCACCUCCCCAACUUCGCCAAUCUCGCAAAACUCACAGGAAGAGAAUUCAGAAGAUGAGGAGGAUGGAGCAAUAAAAGGUGAAGACCUAGAGCCCACAGAGGGAGAUGGAGGAAAACUACCUGAAGGAGAUGCACCUCAGGAGGAUGACCCUCCACAGAUCAGUGGGAAAGGAGCAGGACGUGGUAGAGGUCGUGCUCGUCCCCCACCUCGCAGUCUUAGGAAAAGCAGGCGACAGGAACGGGGCAGCAAGGAUACUUCAAAACUCCUCCUGCUCUGUGAUGAUCACAUCCUGGAUAGUGAUCCGAUGAGGGAGAGCAAGGACAUUGCUUAUGCCCAGGCCUACCUCAGCAGGGUAAGGGAGGCAUUGCAGGACACUCCAGGCAAGGUGGAGGAAUUUUUGAGUUUGUUGUAUGAGUUCGAGCAAGGAAUCGAGAGCCGUAAUGUUAUUGAGCUCUUCCGUCAGCUCAAACCUCUGCUCAAAGACUGGCCAGAGCUGCUGAGGGACUUUGCUGCUUUUCUUCUUCCAGAGCAGGCUCUGGAGUGUGGCCUGUUUGAGGAGCAGCAGGCCUUUGAGCGUAGCAGGAGGUUCCUAAGACAGCUGGAGAUCAGUUUUGGGGAAAAUCCUUCUCACUACCAGAAAAUUGUGAAAGCUCUUCAGGCUGCAUCUGCCCCCACCCCUGCAGGGGUAGAAGAGCUCAAAACACAGAUGGCCACCCUCCUUAAAGGUCACACACACCUGCAAGGAGAGUUCUCUGCGUUCUUUGAUAUGCUCCGCCCACCACAAGCACGUCCAGGACAGUUUGAGGAAGCAAUCUGGCCUGAGGAUGGAGGGAACAUGACCGAAGGGGGUGAUGGAUUGAGCCUGGGUAGUGGUGGGUUUGAGGAAGUCACACUCCCUGAUCUGGAGGAGGAAGAAGAAACACCCAAAAUUCCUCAAAUAACAGGAAAGAGCAGGAAAAGAAAAGAGCUAGGUACACACAGGGACUACAAGCAGGCUUGUAAUUGGCCAGAGAAGCACUGCCCCUGCCACUGUCAUUUCUCUAGUCAUGAUGCUAAGCAUCGCAGACACAAGAGGAAAGGCUGCCCUCGCUGCCAUGGCAUCAAAGCUACGGUUGACUCCAAGUCACUGAAGACUGGUGAUCACUCAUUCCCGACAGCAGAACCUCUACCCGAGAAGCAGGAUGAAAGGGAGGAAUCUGAAAAAGGAGAAGAAGAAAAGAAAGAGACAGAGACUGAUGGUAAAGAUGAGUCUUGUGGUGGGGCAAACAGUCUACAUCAUGAGCCAGAAGUCCAAGCAUGGGAGUGCACUGAGGCAGACCCUUUAGCCAACCCUGAGGAAAGGGAUGCUGAUGAAGAGGAGGAAGAGGAGUGGAAGGAGGGGGAACAGUGUUCCUUUCCUCAUACAUCUACAAAGGAAGAAGAGGUUCCAACCACUGAAUACUCAGACACUUUUGUUCUGUCAGAAGAGAGAGAGAUGGCACAGCAGAACAGGCAGAGUCCUUCAUCUGAAACACCUGUCUGUGCCAAGAACAUCUCCCUUACUCCAAGUGGAGAGAAAGUUGUCCUCUGGACCAGAGAGGCAGAUCGGGUCAUUUUAACAGCCUGUCAGCAGCAAGGGGCCAGUCAGAGCACAUUUCAAUGUGUGUCAGCACAGCUUGGAAACAAAACUGCUAAUGAGGUUUCCAAGAGGUUUCGGGACCUGAUGCGUCUGUUUCAUACCUCAGCUCGCCAGGCCAGCUCAGACGAGGAGGCUACUGAACAGCAGUCAGCUACUGAUGAGGAGCAGGACUGACUACAACUAACAGACCAACUAAAAACACUUCAGCUGUAAUUGUACAACUUUACUACAACAAUCAUUGGAACUCAAUGAGCUAUGGGUGUUGCAUAUUAAAGUUAUGCAGAUUUAUUUAUUAGACAUUACACAUUAGGGACAUUUUUUUAUGGCAGUCCUGAAAAUGAUGAUCCUGAGGUUCAACAAUUCAACUCAUCACCAGCUAAAUAAUUAAGAAUGGCAGCUAUUUGUUCCAUUAACAGUGGAAAGAUUUUUUCCCCUGAACACACAGUAGACAUAUUGUGUAUAUUGUAAAUAUAAGGUUGGGCAAGUCCCAAAUAUGUACAGUAUUUUUUACAUAAGUAAAACAUUUUUUCCUGUAUGUUUGAGGUUUUGAUGAAAAGAAAGUAGGAAAUU